CGUGCACGCCCGGCCAAAUAGAAAUUUCAAAUUGUUAUUAAUAGAGUUUGUAUGAUAUAGCAAUUGAUAUAAGCCAAAAAUGGGUGAAUUUAUAACGGAAAUGCAGGAGCGCCUGCUGCCUGAAUAUGAGCAAAUGAAAACAUACCAGGUGUUUACUCCGGAGCAAGUCAGAGAAUGUGUGCGAAAACGUGAACGUUUGAUGUUGAAGGUAACAAAGAGUCGCAUUGCGAUUGCAGACUAUUUGGAAUUUAUUGUAUAUGAAAAUCAAAUGCAUCAGACGUUGGUGGAGAAGGAGGCGGCAACGGGAGUGAAGCUGCAUGGUCUAAAGGCAUCCAUAGCUAACCGUAUUAUACGCAUGUACAGAGAGAUGAUGUCCAAGUUUCCACACGAAAAGGCUUUGUGGUAUAACUACAUAAAAUUUAGCAAGAAAUCUGUGCCACAGGAGGUUGCAGGCAUUUUUGAAAAGAUGCUGUCUUUUCACGGCGCUGAUCCCGAGACAUGGAUUAACGCUGGGCUCUGGCUAUAUGAAUACAAUCCAUCAAAUAUACCGCGCGUGCAAGAUGUUCUACUGCGUGGUCUGCAGCGUCAUCCAGAAUCAGAAGCUAUAAACAAAUGUUUCUUUGAUUUAAUGCUUAAGGAGGCAGCUAAAGCGGACAGCAAACUAAAUCUGGCAGAUGAUACCGUCUCGGAGCAGGAUAUCCAGAUGGAACGCGUUGUUGCCAUUUAUCGCAACAGUCUAGGCAAGAUCACACACCUGGACUACUUUCUGAAGCUGUUGGAGAGCUGCGAGGAUCAAAGCAAACUCACUGCCAAGUUGCAGCUGCAAAUUAUUGAAGAUAUGCAAACGAAAUUUCCACGUGAGCCUGGGCUAUGGGAUGCUCUAGCUCAACGCGAGCUUCGUGGAUUUCAUUUAGGCGAUCUGCAGCAUAUGCAGGACGACAGCGCUGAGCCCAGCGAGAAGCGUGCACGUAGUUCAACAACUACAGUGUGGCAACAACGCUCCUUAAAGCGGCGCAUUGAGCUUUGCGUCACAGUCUACAAAACGGGAGUGCAGCAGUUGCAAACGGAGGAGAUGUGGAGCCUCUAUUUGGAUGCCAUGUUGCUGAUGAGCAAGAAUAACAAACAAGAACGCGCAUAUAUACAACAAUGCCUGGCCAUAGCGCUGCAAGAUGCACAUGCUGCCAAGCUAAUGAACGUGCGGCAUUAUGCCACCUUAAGCUCCAUACUCGGCGCCACCGAAAAUGGUGGUGACAUGUGCGUCAAGAUUCUAACGGAGGCACUGCAGCAUGAUACAUCGCUACAAAUGCACGAACUGCUGCUGGCUGCGUACAUACGCAACGACGAUGAGCCAAACGUGCAUGAGUUGUUUAGUCAAGUGCGUCGCACCAUGGGCAGCACCAGUCUCCCGAUUUGGAAGAGCGUCAUAAGCUAUUAUCGUGCACGUGGCGAUGCUCAGGCAAUGCGUAGAUUAAAUGAUAUCUAUACGCUAGCCUGCAAGGAAACCUGGCCAGAGUUUGCUGAGCUGCGUUGCAACUAUUUGCGUUAUUUGUGGCACGAGCACUCGGCGGCUAAGGCGCGCGAAGAGUACGCCAAGCUGGCCAUACAACCGCCCAUGUCGCUGCAGCUACAUCGACAAAUGAUUCAGCUACUGGAGAGCACCAAACUAAAUGAUUCUUCUACAAUUAAAACCUGGCGCAUGUGUCAUGAAUUCAUGGCCAGCUAUUUUGGCAAGCAGGAACCCACAGUCUGGCUGGACUACAUUGCAUUUGAGCGUGAUCAUGGCGUUGUCAAAAAUAUUGCUCUACUAAGUCAACGCGCGCUCUCCACUUUGCAACCGGAAUUCGUGUCCGCCUUUGAAGAAGCGCGUACCAUGGCGCAUGUGGGCGCUGCUCUAACUACCUAAGCCAAUAGUCUUAAGUAAUUUUAAGUUAGUCUUUAAAAAAUAAUAA